AUGGCAGGCAAAUGCGUUCACAAAGGGUGUGGGAAGACCUUCGACAACCCAGAAGAGGAUUGCGUGUACCAUCCGGGUCCUCCAGUGUUCCACGAGGGGCAGAAAGGCUGGAAAUGCUGCAAACCCCGCGUCCUGACUUUCGAGGAAUUCCUUUCGAUCCCGCCAUGCACAACCGGCAAACAUUCCACCGUCGAUGAUACACCUGCGCCCGAACCCUCCAAAGCUGAGGCACCACCUGCCCCAGCCGAAGAAAAGAAGUCUGAGCGACAACCUAUCUCCGCCUCCCCCGCCAUCGCGACUGCCGCACCACCUGCAAAGCCUGUUGCCGAGGAGCCCGAGUCGGACGACCCUGAUGCGGAGAUCCCAGCUAAUGCGACAUGCCGUCGGAAGAGCUGUGGCAAGACCUACACCGGGUCUCGCGACGAGGAAAAGUGCGUCCAUCACCCCGGCCAGCCGGUGUUCCACGAGGGCAGCAAGGGGUGGUCCUGCUGCAAGCGCCGAGUGCUUGAAUUCGACGAGUUCCUGAAGAUUCCCGGUUGCACGGAGAAGACGAAGCACCUGUUUGUGGGCAAGGCCAAGGCCCCCGGAGAAGAGAAGGUGGAUUCAGUCAGAAACGACUUCUACCAGACUCCUACCUCCGUCAACGCUUCUCUAUACCUUAAAAAGAUCGACAAGGAGCGCGCCAAGGUCGACUUUACUUCCAACUCGGUUGUCGUCGAUCUUCCUACCACAGACAACAAGCGCUUCCAGGAUACAUAUAAUCUGUUUGCGUCGAUUGACCCAGAGCAGUCGACUUUCCGCGUGCUAGGCACCAAGCUGGAGUUGAACCUAGCCAAGGCGGAUGGAACUAGCUGGCCUGUGUUGCGGAGUGAUGACAAGUGGACUGGAGAGCGCAUCCAGAUUGGCAAUGCUGGACGUGCAUGA